AUGGCCAAACUACUUUUGCUUUCUGUUAUCACACUAUUUCUUCUCCGCUUUUGCUGCGGAUGUAUUGAGAGGGAAGCCCAUGCUCUUCUUAUCUUCAAAGCCGGCCUAACUGACUCUGCGGGUUUACUAAGUGCGUGGGGGAAAGGAAGAGAUUGCUGCCUCUGGGAUGGCAUUUCUUGUGAUAACACCACUCAUCACGUAGUGGGUGUUAACAUUACAGGAUUCUCUCACUCACCUGAAAUGGAGGGCAUCAUAUCUGAGAGCUUGUGCACCCUCACUUUUGUUGCAACCGUAAACCUAUCUGGAAUUGGCUUUACAGGUACUAUUCCUCACUGCUUCACAAAACUCUCUUCUCUCGCACUACUAGAUUUAUCUAAUAAUAGCUUGAGUGGGGAUAUUCCUCCUUUCUCUAAUUCUUCUUCUUUAACCUACCUAGAUCUUUCUUGGAAUCUCCUCACAGGUAGCAUACCUCCCUGCUUUACAAAACUCCCUUCUCUCGCACAACUAUACUUAUCUCAUAAUAGCUUGAGUGGGAAUAUUCCUCCUUCUAUGUCUAAUCUCUCUUCAUUAACUAUCCUACAUCUUUGGCAUAAUGGACUCACAGGAAGCAUUCCCUCCUCUCUCUCUGAUCUCUCUUCUCUGACUAGCCUAGAUCUUUCUUAUAAUAAACUCACAGGAAGCAUUCCCUCCCCUCUCUCUAAUAUCUUUUCUCUAAGUAGCCUAGAUUUUUCUUUUAAUAAACUCACAGGAAGUAUUCCUUCCUCUUUCUCUUAUCUCUCCUCUUUAACUAUCCUAUAUCUUUCUAAUAAUCAACUCACUGGAAGCAUUCCAUCAUCUCUUUCUAAUCUCUCUUCUCUAACUACGCUACAUCUCUAGGAGAAUCAACUCAC